AUGACCAACAGCUCUAGUUUGGUUAGGAGUGGCGGGCUAAACCAAACUUCUACGACAUCAACGCUCAUGCCUGAUUUAGAAACGCUCAACAGUGAAGGAGAGUUCGAGUGGGACGAAAAGACGAAAGCCCUCGUCCUGGGCUCCUUCUUCUGGGGCUACAUCCUCUUCCAGCUGCCCGGCGGCCGCCUCGCCGACAGCCUCGGCUCCAAGUGGCUCCUCGGCGGCGGCAUCCUCUUUACCUCGCUGCUGACGGUGGCCAGCCCUCUGGCGGCCCGCCUCGGCGGCAGCGCCGCCUUCAUCGCAUGCCGCGUCCUGGAGGGCGUCUUCGAGGGCGUGGUCAUCCCUUCUACCCACUCAAUGCUAGCCAAGUGGUUCCCGCCCACGGAGCGGAGCACCGCCUCGGGCGUCAUCUACUCAGGCGGCUUUAUUGGCACGGUGAUUGCACUGCCCCUCAGUGCGCUCCUCUGCGACACGCCCCCUGCGAUGUUUGGACUCUUUGGCGGCUGGCCGUCGGUUUUCUAUCUGAUUGGAAUCGCUGGAGUUGUGUGGUCGGUGCUGUGGUUUUACCUCGUCUCGGAGACGCCCCAGUCACAUCCGACCAUCUCCCAGGCGGAGUUGAGGAUGCUUCUCAUGACAUGUCAGAGCGCUUGCAGAACGGGCGAAAAGAAGGCAAGCAUUCCCUGGCAGAGCAUCGCCACCUCUGGCCCAGUGUGGGCCCUUGCUGCGACGCACUUUGGUCAGAACUGGGGUUUCUACACGCUGCUCAUUCAAAUGCCACGGUAUUUUGCUGAGCUGGGUUUUGAUCUAAAGAGUAACGGCGCCUACUCCGCCUUGCCCUACCUUAGCCAGGCAGUGCUGGCCACCUCUGCGGGCUUCCUCUGCGACCGCCUCUUCCGGAGCGGCCACUUCCGCCUGGCCACCCUCCGAAAGGCCUUCAACUCAAUGGCCUUCGCCGGCACGGCCGCCUGCCUCCUGGCCAUCACCACCAUCGGCCGCGACCACCUCCUGAACAUUCUCCUGCUGGUGCUGGCCCUCUCCGUGAACGGCCUCAGCAUGGCCGGCUACAGCUGCACCCACAUCGACCUCUCCCCCCGCUACUCCGGCACGCUGAUGGGCAUCACCAACUGCCUGGCCACCUUUGCCGGCGUCUUCUCUCCGAUCGCCGUCGGCCAGAUUAUCUCCCUGGUGGUUGGGGCUGAUGGUGGGGUUGAUGGUGAUGGGGGUGAUGGAGGUGAUAAAGUUGAUCUGGCAGAACGGUCUCUCCAAGCGUGGAAGUACGUCUUCUACCUGGCCGCCGCCGUCUACCUCCUCACCGGCGCCAUUUUCGUCCUCUUCGCUUCCAAUGACGUUCAAGAGUGGAAUGACCCGUCUUCGUCCUCUUCGAUGAAAAAUUCAAAGUCUUCGCCUAGUUGUGAAAAGUACCAGAAAAAGGCCGACACAAACUGUGAUUAA